UAGAGAAGAAGUUAUUCACUGUUUUAAGGCAAAAAUGUGCACCAAACUUAAGCACCAUCCUAGAGAAGUUACAUGCAAUUCCAGGUGACGUUUCAAGUGAGAAUUUGGGAGUGAAUGAUUCCGAUUUGAGGUUUGAGAUGUGGAGAGAAAUCGAUAUUAUCGUCCAUUCGGCCGCAACUACCACAUUGGAUGAUUGGUAUGACACUGCACUGGCCAUCAAUACCUAUGGAGCUAAGCAUGUUGCAGAAUUUGCAACAAGAUGCGUCAAUAUAAAGAUGCUACUCCAUGUAUCAACUGCAUAUGUUUGCGGCGAAAACAGCGGAGUCAUACCAGAAAAGGCAUUUCGCAUGGGUGAGACAAUCAGUGGAUCAAGAAAACCGGACGUCAAUGAAGAAAAGUUCUUGAGCGAAGAAUUAAUAGGUGAGCUUCGAGAAAAGAAUGCUUCAGAGGAGGAAAUCACCAUCGCUUUGAAGAAUUUGGGCUUGCAAAGGGCGAGGCUCCAUGGUUGGCCAAACACAUACACUUGGACAAAAACAAUGGGGGAAAUGAUGAUGAGGCAUCAUCUCAACUGGAAUGUGUCGCUUGCUGUUGUAAGGCCAACCAUCAUAACAAGCACCUAUAGUGAACCUUUUGCCGGUUGGUUCGACGGUUUCCCUUUCAGAACCAUUGAUAACGUCACCAUCAAUUAUGGAAGAGGAAAAAUAAACUCCUUCAUUGGUGAUCCGGACACUAUCCUCGAUCUGAUACCAGCUGAUAUGGUGGUGAAUGCCAUGAUUGUGGCCAUGAUAGUGCAUGCAAAUCGGCCUUCAUAUAUGAUUUAUCACGUGGGUUCCUCAAUGAGUAAUCCCCUGAGGUAUGCAGACUUUCAGAGCUUCAUUCUCAAUUAUUUCACAGACAACCCUUUGGCAAAUGAGGAUGGAAAACCGGUCAAAGUUGGUAAGCUUAUCCUAGUAGACGGCAUGGAAAGCCUUCGAAAGCACCUGACCCAACAUUACACUCUCCGGUCAAAGGUUUGUCCCAUUGACUCAAAUUGUCGAUCGCAUAUCAAUAUCUCAUGUGCCAUAUGA